AUGGCAGACAAGGGGACAGAGACAGGAGUAGCAGCCAUGGCAGCCUGCUACCAGAGAUUUGAUCCUGCAGCGUAUCUGCAGUAUAACUACACUCCACCACGGGCUGAUUUUGAGAGAAAGGACAGCAUUGUGCCGUGGAAGCUGGCCUGCCUGCAUCGAGCUUUCACUGAAGGUGACGUAGGAGGUGAACUACUGGUGGACAUCGGCUCAGGUCCCACCCUGUACCAGGUGCUGAGUGGCUGUGAGGUUUUUAACCAGGUCCUCCUCACAGACUUCCUGGAGGUCAACAGGCAGGAGCUGAGGCACUGGCUCCAGGAUGAGGGGGGCUGCAGCCUGGACUGGACUCCAUACCUGCAGCACGUCUGCAAGCUGGAGGGACGACGGCCUUCAGCAUGGACAGAGAAGGCUGCCAAACUCCGCCAGGUCAUCACUGACAUCCUCCCCAUCGAUGUGCACCGCCCUCAGCCUCUGUCCACCGAUGCCCUCCCUUCAGAGGGGGCUGACUGUCUUGUGUCCUGCUUCUGCCUCGAGAGUGUCAGCCCGGACCUGCCUGCCUUCAACCGGGCCCUGGGUCACAUCGGGAAGCUCCUGCGGCCUGGUGGCCACCUUCUGCUCAUCGGGGCUCUGGGAGAGAGCUACUACUUUGGGGGGCCUGGGGUGAAGAUCCCUGUAGUUCCUCUGAAUGAGGCCCAGGUUUGUGCUAGUUUGAAUGAGAGUGGCUACACUCUGAUCAGACUGGAGGUGUACACGCUGCCCCAGGACAUGAGGGUGGGGGUCGAUGAUGUCAGUGGGGUGUUCUUUGUGAAGGCAAGAAAGGAUUAA